AUGCAGACUGCUACUGCAAACAUUUGUGAAAGAAUGGGUCACUCUCAGGAGCUCAGUGAAUUCAAGCGUGGUACUGUGAUAGGUUGCCACCUGUGCAAUAAGUCCAUCCAUUCAAUUUCCUUGCUACUAAAUAUUCCACGGUCAACUGUUAGUGGCAUUAUAACAAAGUGGAAGCAACUGGAAAAAAACGCAACUCAGCCACAAAGUGGUAGGUCAUGUAAAAUGACAGAACGAGGGGGUCAACGCAUGCUGAAGCGCACAAUGCAAAGAUGUUGCCAACUAUCUGCAGAAUCAAUAGCUGAAGACCUCCAAACUUCAUGUGGCCUUCAGAUUAGCACAAAACAACAGUGUGUAGAGAGCUUCACGGAGUGGGUUUCCAUGGCCAAGCAGCUGCAUCUAAGCGUUAAAUUA